CCCAAACACUGACUCACUUACAGCGGGCGUCAGGCUAACGCUGCUCUAGCUAAUACCCAGCAAGUCCACAAGGUGUUAGUCGCCCGGGAUUUUGUAUAAAAGGUGAGCUGAGACGUGACUCGGUCCACAGCUUUCUCCGGACGCGGCUGCUGACCAAAGCCCGGGAUGAGGUCGGUCCGGUUUUGCUUCCUCCUCUGCUGCUGGAGGGCGGCCUGCGGCGCGGGCUGUGAGCUGACCAACGUCACCAUCGCGGUGGAGAAGGAGGAGUGUCGCUUCUGCAUAAGCGUCAACGCCACCUGGUGUGCCGGCUACUGCUACACGCGGGAUCUCGUGUACAAGGACGCGGCCAGGCCCAGCAUCCAGAAGACAUGCACCUUCAGGGAGCUGGCGUACGAGACGGUGAGAGUGCCCGGCUGCGCCCGCCACGCGGACUCCCUGCACACGUAUCCAGUCGCCACCGAGUGUCACUGCGGCAGGUGUGACAGCGACAGCACCGACUGCACGGUGCGCGGCCUGGGGCCCGGCUACUGCUCCUUCGGAGAGCCGCAGCAGUGAAGAGGCGCGGGCACCCGGCCGCAGCCUUGUCCCCAGGCCUGAGGCGCCGGGGCCCUGCCCUCGGGCUGCACUGUCCCCCGCACCCCCUGGUCCGAGCCGGUCCCCAGACACGGGGCUGCUUGCCCGGCCCCCCCUCUUAGAAGUCCUCCCGGGCCACUGCUCCUUCUUGGAACUGGGGUCCCCAGGCCCGGGGCAGCCAGCGGGUCCCCGUGCAGAAGGCAGCACUCCUCUAGACCCCGCAGGCCUCGAGAGCGGAGCCCCCAGGACUGCAGCCCGGCCCAGCCUGAGACUCGCCCGCCACGGCUUCCUUGACGGGAGCGCCCUCAGGGAGAGGCGGGGGAGAGGCCGGAAGGGACGGGCGAGGCCACCCCGUGCAAGGCGGCAGGUGCAGGAGCGCCACCUCCCCUCCUGUGCACCUGCAGCGUCCGCACGCCUGCCUCUUGCUGGAUUCCCGCCAACCAGGUGGUCACCGAGCUCAGGCUCCCUAAGCUCUCGCCACCCGGCCCUUUAGUUAAGGGCAAAAGCAAGAAAUGUUAACAUGGGCUGAUUUUCCCAGGCCCACAACUAUUUCAUCAUUUACACAAAUUGAACCAACCCUGUCCGACUCCUGAAGACUCUGUUGGGACGUCGGGGAAGAGAACCUUAUCACCCUGCCGCCGGGGCCAGGACCCCCCCCUUCGGGGGGAGGUGGGUUUGAACGUAGAUUUGAAAGCAAUGUUGUCACUUUAGUACAUAUAUUUAUCUUAUCGACAAAUAUAUUUGUGCAAAGAAAUAGCUUCUUUAGAAAGAAUUAGCCAGGAGGGAAAAAAAAAACCCAAAAACCUAAAAUCCUGCGUGUUUGCCCGAGUCCUGCGUAUCAGUCUCUUCUUUGGUCUAUCCGUGUCCUCCCAAAUCUGUUUCUUUUAAAAGGGUGAAUAUUAAAAGUAUUUCAUGAUUUCUUUUCGAGGUGUUACCUCUCUUAGGUAUGUGCUUGUUUCACACUUACGUUGUUUAAUUUAUUUAAACCUUAUUUUUUAAAUAAAGAUGCUAGCCACAGAGUCACACAUCUAGAGUUUUUCCAUGCGUAAGCAAAUGACUAAAAUAUCAGUCAUGUUUAUAAUAUUAGUAGAAAUCAUGUUAAACAAUAACGCCCAGCUCUUCUAGAAUAUUUACUUGUCCUCACCUUUGGAAAUAUUAAAAUUAAUUCAUUGCAUUUCUA